AUGACCCCGUCACAGGUUCAGUUUAGUGGCCCGUACGGCGGCGCACCCUUCGGCGGCGAUGCCGAGCCUGCCGGUGCGUUCCCUGCGGGCUUUAAUUUCGCGCGCCGUACCUCGGUAUCGGCAGAGUCCAUGUCGCCGCAGCUGAGCGAGGCCCGUACGCGCGCGGCCCACACGCAGGCCCCAAAAACCGAAGACCAGCAGCAGCGUAUCCGUGCCGCUACGUCGGACAUUUUUCUCUUCCGCAACCUCGAGCCGGAGCAGUACCAAGCGGCGCUCCAGGCGAUGGAAGAGGUGCAUAAGCAGGCUGGGGAUAUCGUCAUUAAGCAGGGCGACCAAGGCGACUACCUCUACAUUGUGGAGAGCGGCUCGCUCGACGUCUUUGUACAGCCUCCCGGCACGUCGCCCGCCGAUGCGCUCGCUGCACCGCCCGACCAGCUCGGCAACAAGGUGGUGACGUACGGCCCCGGCGCCUCCUUUGGCGAGCUCGCGCUGCUGUACAUGCAGCCUCGUGCGGCGUCGGUCGUGUCCACCGCACCCUGCACGCUCUGGGCCGUGGACCGCGUGACCUUCCGUUCGAUCCUCGCCGAGGCCAACAUGAGCCGCCGUGCGUUCUUCUCGUCGUUCCUCAAGCAGGUGCCGCUCCUGCAGCACCUCAACGAUACCGAGCGCCUCCGUGUGCUGGACGCGAUCGAGAUCCAAGACUACAACCCCGGCGACGUGAUUGUGCGCGAGGGCGAUAUUGGUACCCACUUUUACAUGGUCGUGAACGGCGUGGCCGACGUUCACAAGGCGUCGGAUAGCGAUGCGCCAGUGACGAAGCUGCAGCGUGGCGACUACUUUGGCGAGCUCGCGCUGAUGCACAGCGCGCCGCGCGCCGCCACCGUCAGUGCGUCUGCCCAGCCGGGCGCGACAAAGCUGCGUGUAGCGGCACUCGAGGAGCAGGCCUUCACCCGGCUCCUCGGGCCGCUGACGGGCAUCAUGUCGCGGUACGCCGAGACGCACUACAAGAGCGCAGACGCGGAGCCCAGCACGCCGUCGACGCUGGCGCCGCCCGCAGGUUCAGAUAGCGCGGCACCGAUGCCGGGCUCACCACGCUCGGGUGCCUCGUAG